AUGGAUUUCAACGAGAAAUAUCGCAUGCAGAAUUUGACUCAAGCCUUGCCUCUUGAGCUAGCACUUCAGGUCAUUGGCACCGUACUGGGGUACAUCUUCAUUACUUUGGUCACCCCCAGCAGCCGCGUGUGGAUUCUACAAAGCCACCUUUGGUCUAUCAUCGGGUUUCAAGCUGUGAAGAUGAUAUUCGUCAUACUCACAAGUGGUCGUGACUCAAACCACCUCAUCUACGAGACUGCUCCCAAGGACCCUAAUUGGAUAUUUGUGGGCCCUGAGUUCCACGCUCUCCACCACGUUUACCCCGAUCGUUAUAUGGGAUCUUUCGUCAAACUGUUUGACUGGGUAUGGGGCACCGCCUACUCUUUCCGAGGGAAACGCUUUGUGAUCACCGGUGGCAAUAGAUCUUUCGGUCAAGCCAUGGUGACAGAGCUGGAACGUGAGGGUGUGCAAAACAUUCGAAACUUGAAGUUUGGUGAGGAUUGGGACCAUGAAAACUUUGCAAAAGCGGCUUCGGCGCUUUCAUCUUGUGAUAUCCUCAUCUUGGCACAUACUUCCAGAGGAGAAGAUGCCAUGAAGUCAAAUUGUGACUCGGCGGUUCGACUGGUGGAGCUAUUCAAGCAACACAGAGAGAAAAACAUAUCUAAUCCGACACUUCCUGAAGUAUGGUAUGUCGGCAGUGAAGCUGAAAUGCUCCCACCAUUUGGAAAUGCGGAAUUACAACGCUACUCCGACUCAAAACGACGCUUCCUGCCACAUGCGCGUUCAUAUUAUGAUGAUACCGAGAUCCUUUACCGUCACAUCAUGCCAUCAGCUGUCAGUUCAGCAGAUUGGACCGCUAAGUGUUCAAUGUGGUGGAUCCGGAGAGGUGUUCGGUAUAUUCCUAUCUCGCAUACGGGUAUUGCCUAUUUGAAUUAUUUCAAGUUUAUGUACUGGACUCCAUAUGCACAGGACAUGGAUAGAUUAUGA